AUGACACUCUCUCAUUCAAAAUCGACUCUGCCGGUGGUGGAUGUUCCAACUGGAACUGCUGCCAGCCCAGAUGAAGAGACACCAACUCUGUUCACCCCAAUCAAGAUUCGAGGCCUGGAACUCCAAAACCGUUUCGUCGUCUCGCCCAUGGGAACUUGGAGUGCUCAAGACGGCCACUUGACCGAAUUUCACCUCAUGCAUCUGGGUUCAUUCGCAUUCCGAGGCGUCCCCCUGACCAUUGUCGAGUCCACGGCAGUGGCUGCCAACGGGCGAACCUCUCCUCAAGACUCGGGUCUCUGGCAAGACAGCCAGAUCGAGCCGCUGAAGCGCGUGGCUGACUUUGUCCAUGGUCAGGGCCAGAAGAUUGGCAUUCAACUAAACCAUGCUGGUGUCAAGGCUGGCAUGAUUGCACCGAGGUUCUUGCCUAAGGGGGAACUCAAGGUGGCUACUAAGCAGGAUGGUGGAUGGCCAGACAAUGUUUGGGGGCCCAGUGCGAUCCCUCACACUGAGGCACAUGCCAUGCCAGGGAGCUUGAAUCUUGAGGGAAUUGAGGCUUUGAUCCAGAGUUUUGCAGAUGCUGCUCGAAGAGCCAUCAAGGCUGGUCUUGAUUUUAUCGAGAUCCACGGAGCCCACGGCUACCUUAUCAACCAGUUCUUGUCCCCUUUGACCAACAAACGCACGGAUGAGUAUGGUGGGAGCUUCGAGAACCGCGUUCGCUUCCUCGUUCGAGUCAUCAAAGGGAUCCGGGCAGUUGUCCCCGACAGUGUCCCGUUGUCACUCCGGAUAUCCGCAAUCGAGUGGAUGGAAUGGAGCGGUGAGCCAUCGUGGGAUCUUGACCAAUCCAUAAGGUUGGCCAAACUUCUGCCCGCGCUUGGUGUCGACAUCUUGGAUGUAUCAUCAGGUGGUAACCACAAAGAUCAAAAGAUCGACGUUCAUCCCAACUACCAGCUUGACCUAGCCAGGACCAUCCGAGCUGCGUUGAGAGAAGAGCGCCUGGAUUUGCUCGUUGCCGCGGUGGGGUUUAUCCACACGCCGCAGACUGCUCACGAUGUUGUGCAGCUUGACAAGGAAGACGGUGUGCAGGCGGAUCUGGCAUUUAUAGGGAGACAGUUUCUCAAAGAACCCGAGUUUGUUCUCAAGACUGCCCAGGAGCUGGGGGUUGAGAUCCAGUGGCCGUACCAGUACGACAUGAUUGGUUUGAACACUCACUGGGGACGAUCGUUCUUUUAG